CCACCUUAGGGAGUACAGUGUGGUGAAACACAAAUAGAUAAUUACAAGAUACAAUGAAAUUAGUCAUCAUACUCAUCACUACAUUUGCUGGUCUUGUAUACCUGUACACAAACCGUCAGAAGAUAAUCUAUUAUUCAAGCUAUGUUAAACUCAUAAUUAAUCUUAUAGCAAGUGACAAUGAAAGAACAGAAAAUCAUUUCUGCAUUACUGCGGACAUGCAUUGGAAUCAUUUUCAGUUACAACUUCAAUUCAUGGAAAAUAUCUGUGAAGAAAGGGGAGGGUCAAGAAGAGACUACUUAUGGCUCACAGCUUUAGUCAAUGAUGAGUAUGCCAUCCCAGCAGUAGUACUUGGCUAUUCUCUGCAAUCUCUUUCUUGCAUUAAGAACAUGCUUGUUCUUGUUUCCCAUGAUGUGAGUCAACCUGCUAGAGAAACUUUGAUUAAGGUAGGUUGGCAGAUCAUGGAUGUUACAGCCAUGGAUUGCAAAUGGAUGGAAAAGCAAUUAGGACAAACUCCAUCAGGCAGAGGAAUAAAAGGAACUCAUACAAGGUUUCAUGCAUGGAAAUACACUCAGUACAGUAAGAUUGUCUAUGUUGAUCCAGACUUUAUGCCUCUAAGUAACAUUGAUGAGCUUUUUGAGGUCAAGGCUGAUUUUGCUGCAGCUUACUGUAACAGACCUGGUACAGUSGACCCAUGUUUUAAUGCAGGACUUAUAGUAUUCAAGCCUUCRUUAGAAGACCAUAAAGCUAUUAUGGACAUUUGGUUUUCUCAAUCUAAGCAAGGGACAUGUCCUGAUGACCAACGUCUUUUAUAUUCUCAUUAUGCAUUUCAUGGGAAAUGGAAACAACUUCCUUAUGCCUAUAAUGUGCGCAGGAUUAUCCACUACCCAAUGAAAGCUUUUCAUUUUGUUUGCUGUCCUCCAGACAAGCCAUGGAAAAGCAAGUGCAGACCAAGCAGAGAUGAAGCAAGGAGUUUUAACCGAGGAAUUAGAAAUAUAAGAGACAUGUCUCUAGUCUACUGGAAGAGGUUCUACUUUGCCCUAAAGAAAUAUAGCAUUGAUGAAUGGUAUAGAAAAACAAAGUACUAUAAUGCUGAGAUGGAAUUUGGUAAACAUUUGUAUAAGGAUUGUUGGCAGGACUUUUAUUAGUUUAGUUUUAUACUACUAAAUUAUGCUAAUUCCUUUUUCACUGAAAUAAUUUUUUUAGAUAAGGUCAGUGUUGUAAAAUAUAUUUAAUAUCAAUUUAAUAGGGCCACAUUUCUUAAUAUUUUAAGGAAUGUACAUCUUUAAGAAUAUUAGGAUAUUUAUAUUACACAAGGAAGUAAAAAAACAAAUGCCAAAAUCACAAUAGGAUUCACUUAAUAUUUAUAGCUCCAAUAGAUGUCUGAAAWUAUUCAUGACAAAAAUCUUAGUUUGAUUGGAUUGUUUUGGAUAACAAUGAUAUUUUUACCAUAAAAACAGAAAAUCUCCAUCAAACACCCUCAAAUAGAUUUCUUAGAAUAUCUCAAACCAUUUGUGGAGUACAAUGUAUUUGUGAUCAAAUCAAUAUUGGGAUCCUUUUCUUUGUAUCCAAAAUAUCAGCAAUCCCAUUUUUGUUGUAGUAAAUAGUCUUGUCAAUAAACAAGGCCAAAAA